AUGACAGUUACUCACAUUCUUUCUCAUCUUCAGUUAGGACAGGUGCAGGGAAACGACCAUGGAUCAACUGUACAGUUUUUAGGGCUCAAGUACGGGAAUAUAGCGAGUUCGCUCUCCCCUCCAACAAUACGUGAUGGGAACAACAGCGACAUCUUAGACGCUACACAAUUUGGGCCCUCUGCACCGUCUCCCCAGAACGGAAUAGAGAACGAGUUCUCACACAUUCAACACCCUCUACCAUAUAGUCCAAAUAAACAGUCGGCAACAGAAUGCUUGAAUCUCAAUAUCACUGUGCCGAAACAUUUCUCUUCCUCGGGUAAAUUACCGGUCGUCGUCUUCAUUCAUGGCGGCGGCUACUCAAUAGGCUCCAACAGCUGGCCACAAUACGAUUUCCGGCGUCUCGUCGACCUGUCGGUCCAGAAUUCCAGUCCUAUUGUGGGAAUUAACAUCAAUUACCGGCUUGGUUUGUAUGGAUUUCUCCACUCAGAAGAGCUGUCUUCUCAGGGGUAUGUGCAAAACAACGCUUUGCAUGACCAAAGAACAGCCCUACUAUGGAUCAAAAAAUAUAUCGACGGAUUUGGGGGCGACCCAUUGAACGUUACGGUGGUUGGCAUAAGCGCGGGUGGAGCCUCCGGAACUCUCCAUUUGCAUUCCAAAAUCCCGCUAUUCAAGCGUCUGGUUAGCAUGUCUGGUACAAACCUCCUUCUAAAGCCACUACCUUCGCUUGUAAAUGAGAUCACCUACAAGCGUGUGUGUGAGGCACUGGGCUUAGAAGGCCUCACCCCUGCAAAGCGUAUUGACGCUUUGAAAAACUUACCAGCUGAAAAGACCUUGAAGGCAUUACCCCCAAAUCUGCCCUUUCUACCAAGUAUGGGAGGGGACUUGGAUCUACCUGUUGAUGAUUAUGAAUCAAUAUAUAAAGGGGAGUCUAGAAAUGGUGUCCAUCCGGCCAAGUCCUGGUGUGAGCAGAUAAUGAUUGGUGACUGCCAGAUGGAUGGAAGCAUCAUGUCCUUAAUGAUAGGUCCUCCGAGUGCCGAAGUUGUACAGCGCUUCAAGAGAACCAUCGAGAAUAAUCUAGGUAUCGAAAAAGCUACUCUGGUUUUUGAUGCCUAUAACAUCACCGACACGGCGUCUUUUAAUGACAAUUACCAAAACAUCCUGAACUUCUGCAAUGAUAUCGGAUUCCUUGCCCCCGUUCUGUGUUACGCCCAUGGAUGGGAUGCCAAUGCAUUUGUCUACUUCUUCACCGAGCCGAAUACCUGGGAGGGCCCCUGGAAAAACCGGGCGAACCAUAUUCUUGAUGUCGCAUACCUAUUCCAGAACUAUAAGGAACAUCUUAGCCCCGCCCAACAAGAGACAGCCGCAGCCUUCGGGAUAGAUCUCAUAAAUUUCGCCAAUGGACGUGCUCCAUGGCCUGUUUUCAAUUUCGCUGCUAAGGAGAUCAAUGCUAAGGUAUAUGGAGCUACAAACCCGGAGUCAGUCAAGUCUAGGGUUGAAGUCGUUUCUGGGCCAAGUCCGCGGACAGAACGGCGUCAAACGAUCUUCAGCCUCUCUCUUUCGAUCCCGCUCACUCGACUGUCAGAAGCUUGGAAUGCAUUCUUAACAGGGUAG